UUAUAUAAACAGCAAACGUAAGUGACGUUCAUCACCACAACGUGUCGGCCCUCCAUCACUACCUUGAAGUCACGAGACUGGCGCCAGGGUGUUAAAUACCCCGAAGAAGAGCGGAAGACCGCUUGUUUUCAGUCCAGCCUUCACGUGGAUCACACUGGAAGAAGAGCACUACUUGAGUCCGGGACUUGACGCCGAUCAACACCCUUUUGACACCAUGAUGCUGGUUCGUUUCAUCCUGCUGCUCCUGGGAAUGUUUUGGAGCGUCACCAAGAAAAGAGUUGGUUUCCAGUUUCUGGUCCUGGCCGGAUUGUGCUUGGUCAUAGUCCAGGGUGACCUCAUCUGCCUGACGUGUCCGACUAGCGAACAAUGUUCGAACGGCUUUUGCUCCGCCAGUCUGAAGUGGAGCGGCACUCCAGUGGCCGUGGGCGUGAAGAGAGACUGCACUCCCACGGCCGAUUGUAAUAAGACCACAGGCACUGCUGCUUCAGGCGAGCUGGUGUUGUGCUGCAACAAGGACAACUGCAACCCCGUGGAAGACCUGGUGAAUGUUAUGAGUGCCGCAUCUGGCCUGCCUUGUCCCUUAGGCAUGCCUUUGGCCCUCGCCGUCAUCGCGAUUGCGUGGGUACUGAUGUAACCCACCCCCGCCCCCACCGCCAUCACGGCUGUGUUUGGCAGUGAUGUAACACCAACAGUAGUCACAUGUGUACACAAAUGUAACAUGUCCCUAAAGAGUUUAAUCUGGUUUCCAUUUAUUCCCACUUCCUGUUGAAUAUGUACCACUCUACCAGGUUUGAAAGUGCAUGAAACGGUUUGUUGAGUGUUUCUUCUGAAAUGUUUUCGUCAUCUCUCUCUACAUUGCAGUUGGAAUUAAAAAUCAGGUUUAGUGGUUUAGUGGUUGACCUAUUAAUAUUUUAAUGAAGCCAUCGGCAUUUCGUUGCCUAAAUCAAGAAGCAUAAAAAUGGCUAAAUGAAGUAAAAUACAAAUAUAAAGCAUUCUUGUGGAAAUUCAUUAAACUGUCGUGUCUGAGAGGGAUGAUGUUGGAAAGGAUUCAAAGGCCUGAGUCUGCUAUGUACUAAUCAUUCAUUCUGGAAGCUGGUCUAAUAAAAUUCUCUAAAAAGUUC